AUGUUUCACUUCGCUGUUAUUAUUCUGGGUUUGUUUAAUCUCCAAACAGCCUUAAGCGACCCAUCCGAUGUAGGCCUAAGCCCGAUUCAAAUGAUCGAAAACCAUGGUUACGUAGGCGAAACCCACCAAAUCAUAACCGACGAUGGAUACAUCCUCACCUACUAUCGCAUACCACACGGUAUUAACGACGACGGUACCACCCAAAAACCGGCCGCACUUCUAGUCCACGGAGUCACAGCCUCUUCGGCUGAUUUUGUGGCGAUGGGUCCAGACCGCAGUUUGGCGUACAUUCUAGCCGACGCCGGCUACGACGUAUGGCUUGCAAAUACCAGAGGUACUGCUUUUUCGCGGAACCAUACAACUUUGGACCCAGAUGUAGAUACAGAAGAGUUUUAUAAUUUUUCGUGGCACGAAACCGGGUACUACGAUCUACCGAAAGCUAUUGAUUACAUCUUGGAGUUGAAAGGGGACGACAGUUUACAUUACGUGGGGCACUCACAAGGUACUACAGCGUUUUUCGUUUUGGCCUCCACUCGACCGGAGUAUAACCAAAAAAUCAAACUGGCGUCGCUGAUGGCGGGGGCUGCUAUAGUGAAACAUUACCCGAAUAUACUUAUACAAGAGCUCUGCAAGUAUAUAGACAGAGUUGCGCUCUUGUUAAACAGGUACAAAAUAUACGAGUAUCCUUUGGUUAAAGAAAUGAGAGAUUUUGUGAGUACGACUUGCGCAGAUCCUAGCUCUAAUGAAAUUUGUGACUAUAUUUACAACAUGAAAUUUUCCGGGGAUGGGUUUCGAGUUGAAGAAGAAUUUUUGCCUGUUAUUUACACCAAUAAUCCUUCAAAUACUGGAAUGAAACAAUAUGUACACUUUGCUCAACAAGUUAGAGACGGGGGCUUUCGGUACUUCGACUAUGGUACCGAAGCAAAUUUAGAAUUGUAUGGUUCUGAAUCGCCACCAGAUUACGAUCUAUCCAAAAUUUCAGCACCGGUUGCUUUUUACUAUGCAAUAAAUGAUGGGUUAAUAACAGUAGAGGACGAACAAAAACUCAUGAGUAUGGUACCAAAUGUUGUACACGAUUAUCUAAUAUCUUACGACCUCUUCAAACAUGGGGACUUUCUCUAUGCCAACGAUGUUGUAGAACUGGUGUACAAAGAAUUAAUAAAUGUAAUGAUGACAUAUUAA